CAGCCGCUGCCUCUGCAGCAUGGGUGACUCCUUUGGCUGCCGCUGCUCGCCCAGGAGACAGGCGAAGGGCUCUGUGCAGGGCUGAGGCUUCACUUGCAGCCUCUCACACCUGUCUGGGAUCUGCCUCAGCCAGUACAAGGUACAACCCGUCCAGCUGCUGCAAGUCGGACUGUGUGUAGGGUUAACUUAACUGAGCUCCGAAGCUAUCAGCUGCAUGGGUGCUGCAAGCAUCCUUAAACUUCCCUUCAGGACACCCUGUUCCACAGGCACUGUUGGCUUUUUCAGUUUUCUAGGUUGUGUGAGGAACCAGCCCAAGUGGGUUUUAGAGCGCUUGCAUUCUAGUCCUAGAGUGGCUCCUACCUCCUUGAGUGGCCUACGGCACCUUCGCGAGGCCCAGGCUGCCUUUUGGUGAUCGAGCUGCUCUCUGAAGCAGGUUGCCCUGGAGGAAUAAGAGACGGGAGGAAAAGAGACCCCAGCUGCCCAAGGCCUUGUGUCCACCUCUGGUCAAUACUUCUGAAAAAACUGCUUCCAGCUAAGGAGCACAACUUGUCCCAAGAACCCCCGAUGGUCCCUGGGUGAGAUGAACUGGACUAGUCGCAGUGUUUGGGCCCUCAGAGACAGCAAUGCGUCCAUGGAGAAUCUCACCCACUCACUCUUACCAGGCAACACCACCCUGAUGCCAGAGACCAGCGUCAGCACGGCAGCCAGCACCCUCUCCGGAUCCAUUGGUGUCAUGGCCCUCGUCUUGCUCCUGGUGGGUCUCCUGGUGGUGAUCUUGAAGAAAUGGAGGCAUGAGAGACUGUUUAAAAAACAACUGAGACAUCAGACCAAGUUUCUCCAUAAACCUUUGGACUUUUCCUGCGGAGCCGAGGCUGUGUAUUGCAACGUGAUUAACCUGGCCCCCUGGAAAGAGGACGACUUCGCCAUCUAUGCCAACAUGCCCCGUUUCGACUGGCCUCCAAGAACAAGGCUGCCACCAGACCAAGUGGAAUAUGCCUCUAUUGUAUUCCGCUGAUGGGCCCUUGGCCAUGGGGAGGGGCAGGGGGGAGACUCUGGAUCCAAACACCACUCACACUUUGACUUGUGUGUACGGAUGUGUGUUCUUAAAUAAUGCACAAAACACGCGUGGGUAGAGGUUGCUGAUUGGAGAUUUCUUCUUCUUCUAACUUACUGGAGUAAAGGUUGGUCCCAACAGGAAGGAGUGACAUAGCAGAGACCAGAACAUGCAGGGACAGGAUGCUGAGAUGAAGGGUCAGCAGGGCCUGCUCCAGGCUUUCCAGUUUUGGGCUCUCCCAAGGCAAGGGUGGGGAUGGAGAUGGGGUUGUGGGUGCCUCUCAUCCAGGAUGUGGCUGGAAGUGACACCUUGUGGGAGCUGCCACAGGUGCUUGCUUGCCUCUGUGACACAUGAAUGGCUGGCUCCCUACUGGACAGGACGUGUAGGGGACUGGAGUGGCUGCAGGCCUGUGGGAAGAGCUUUUACUGGGGGACCUGCUGGGCAUCUGGGAAAGAGCUGGGGGAGGAAUGAGCUGGGAAGCAGGCUGCACUCACCACUGACCCGUGAGGACUUGGGGACAGGCCUGCAACUUCCAAGUUGAUUCACUGCUUUGUUUCCCCCCCACCCCCAGCAAAUCUGUGUUUAGCAUUUCUGUGCUCAAGGUCCUGUGAAUACAAUAGUGAACCCAGAAGACUGAAUGUUAUCCUCUUAGAGCUUCCCUACUACAAACAAACAAACAAACAAACAAAACAAACAAACAACAACAACAACAAAAAACAGAUGCUGCUGUGCCCUAUGGAAGAAAGAAAGCAGAUUAGUAAAGGAGGAAAGUGCUGAGCGGGUUUUGGAUCAGUCAGUCAGAAAAGCAAGUAAGAACACUGGCCCAAAACAAGUAAGAACAUGAGACUGGACAGAAGAGUGGAAACCCACUUCAGGCAGAAGGAAUAACAGGUGCUAAUGCCUUGGGGAAGCAGAACAGCCAACAUGGUCAAUACUCACUCUCCAGUGCCUGGAGUGGAGUUUCUGGGGGAGCAGGGGCAGAGCAAUGACGGAUAUGUACUCUUUUUUGACUAUUUUGACUAUUUCUUGGAAAGAGCUUGGACAUUUUGGACAGUUUUGAAAAUUACCUGACUUAAGUUCUAGAAAGAUUUUGUUUGCUGCUAAUGCUGGAAAUGGACUGUAGGGAGCUACAGGAGAGGAAGUGGUAUGAAUGCCCAAAUGCUGUUGUGCCAGCAACGACACUGGCAAAAGCAGAAGGAUUGGCACGCUUCUCUGAGGCUGCUGGAAGGCAGAGCUCUAGGCGGAAGACAGAGACCUCACUGAGUCAGUCUAGGUGACAGGGACCCAAGAGGGCAGGAGGAAAGGGGAGGUUAAAGCCCCACACAGAACUAAAGAGAGGGCUUCUGGGGCAGGUGGGUCACACACUGGUGAGGCCAGAGCUCUUAGCACCUCUAGCUUUUGCUCUGGAAGCCCUGCCUCUUCCUCUGCUGUCCCAAUGUAGGGAGAAGUCUAAGGGACAGUGGCAGUCACCGGUGGUAACAGGCACCUUGGGAGGACCAGGACCAGAGACCCAGCAGGGCUUAGGCUAUUCACCAGUGCCACAGAAGACCACUUGGGUGGCUCUUCUUGAAUGCAGAACGGUUACCUCUGCACUAGUUAAGCGAGGCCCUAUCUCCAUGUACUGACAUGUACAGAGCUUCCCUUUUCUCUUCAAUUGGCUCUAAGCAAUGUAGAUAGGUCCAGCAGAGGUACUGAUCUGUAAUCUUUGAAGUCAGCUGACAAUUUGUGGUUUCCUCCCCAUGUGUCUCCUUGUAAACCAUUGAGCUCAGUGGGCUGGAAGAGCCACAUAUCCCCAGGAAUGUCAACUGAGUUCAAGACCCAAGAUAAGAGGCUAUGACUUCCCAGGCACAAAAGUUUACACAUCAGAAACUGAAACAACACCUUCCUAAACAUUAAAUGCUACCCCAACUGAGUUAUGCAGGUUGGUCUCUCUGCAUAUUGUGGAGGUCUUUCUGCUAGCUCAGCUCACAGUACUCACAUAUCUCCCACUAUUCUCACCACUCUCUUCUUCACGAAUUAAUAAAUUCUGGGUGAGGCGCUGGGAUGAACCUUUGUUCCACGAAUCCUCACCUGGACGGGACUCAGGACCUCUUGGCUGCCUGUAACUUUGAA